CUGCCUUCUUUCUUUGUGCAGGUCGUCGUCUUGUGUAAUUUCCAAGCGUUUUCUUUACUCUUCUUUACUAUGAUCUAUUUAAUUCACGCUACUACUCCUCUCCCAAAUAAACUGCUCUGUCAUUGAGCACACUGCAAUCAAAUACAAUUCGUUCUGUUCUUCCUUUCUAUUUUUAACCGGUUGUUAAGGUUUUCGAAGUCAAUGGCUUCUUCUUCAUCAUCAUCUCACCAGCAAACUCAGGAAUUUAAUGCUUUCUCUGUAAUAGAACCUGCCGGCCUAAGAAGGCAGGUUUGUGAAUCUUCUAAAGUGUUUGAUGUUUUCAUCAACCAUAGAGGCCCUGAUGUCAAAGGAACUUUGGCUACUCAGCUUUACAACUCUCUUCAGCAGUUGGGAAUAGAGGCGUUUCUUGACUCCGAAGAAAAGGAGCUCGGAAUUUCAUUUCCUUCGAUCAUUGAGACUGCCAUCUACUCUGCAAAGGUACACAUAGCCAUCUUUUCCAAAAGAUAUGCAGAGUCACCUUGGUGUUUGAAUGAGCUACUCCUCAUGUUAGAAAGUACGGCCAAAAUUAUCCCCGUGUUUUAUGAAGUCAACCCUUCUGAUCUCCGCUACAUAGAAACGGGAGUAUACGCUGAAGCAUUCAUUAAAUAUAAAGAUAAGGGCAGAUACCUGGAGAAGCUCAACGCGUGGAAAGAAGCCCUUCACUCUCUCUCACUGAUAGCAGGGGAAGAAUUUAACAGUGAUUGGGAUUGCCAAAAAAUAGUAGCAGCUGUGCAAAAAGAAGUACGAAGGAAAACACGUUUACAUGUUGCUGAAUAUCCAGUGGGGCUUAACAAUCUUGUCAAAGAUUUUGAAAAGCAAUGUCUUGAUGAACUUGUACAAGAUUUUGAAAAUCAGUGCAGGCAGGAGGAAGGGAAGCAUAAAGCUCUGGUAGUGAGCAUUUUUGGCAUGGGGGGAGUGGGGAAGACAACUCUCGCCAAAGAAUUGUUUAACCGUAAGAGUUUGAACUACAAAAGAACAAGUUUUUUAUUUGAUGUGCGAGAAAAGUAUGUUACAAGCCAAUUACCUUCCUUGCAACGUAAGCUUAUCAAAGAUCUAUUUGACAGAGAGAUCAAUUUUACAAGUACAGAGGAAGGAACAGCCUGUAUCAAAGAUUGUCUACAAAGGAGCCUCAUUUUAAGUGUCUUAAUUGUUGUAGAUGACAUCCAUCAUGUGGAGCAGUUGAAUGCUCUAGCAGUCAUGGAUAUCUUAAGAAAAUCUGGUAAUAGUCUGAUUAUUGUGACAACCCGUGAUGCUGGUGUGCUUAUAUCAGCAGGGAUUACUGUUGGUUAUAACUUAAAAGGAAUGGAUAGAAAUUAUGCGAGAGAACUCUUUUGUUGGCAUGCCUUCCGCCAAGGCCAUCCUUGUAGUGGGUAUGAGGUACUGGUUGACAACUUUGUAGACGUGUGUGGAGGCUUACCUUUGUCACUUCAGGUGCUGGGAAGACAUGUUCAUGGUAGACAUCAUAGGUAUUGGAGUUCAGAAUUGACUAAAGUCAGUAAGACGCUGCCUCGGGAUGUAAAACAAAGACUGUUAAUAAGUUUUGAUGCAUUGGACGAUGAUGAAAAACAGGUUUUCAUGGACACUGCUUGCUUUUUUGUGGGUAAACCGAAGAGUAUAGCUGAAAGAGUAUGGGAGCGAUCAGGAUGGGAUGCACAACAUGCAUUGGAAACGCUGAAAGACAAGUGUCUUGUAGAAGAAAUUAAAAUUUGGGAUCGGGAUGAAGGAAAGACAAUUGGAUUGAGAAUGCAUGACCACCUGAGGGACUUGGGAAGAGAAUUGACAUUGAAGCUCGGUUCUCCUCAUCGCCUGUGGCAUCCUCAAGAUCUGAAAUCUUUGGAAUUAGGCGGUUUAAAAAAUAUACUCACCAAAACCAAUCUCAGGUGUUUUUAUGCUUUUUUCGACAAGUCCAUGGAUAUUCGAGUUACAUUCUUUUUAGGCCAGGCAGAUAGUUGCCUUGAGACGUCAGAUUCCUUAAUAUGGCUCCCCCUUGAGCAGAACUCCAAAGAACAGCCAAGCAUUCCUAUAUGGAUUCCUCUUCGAAAAUUGCAUUAUUUGAGAAUCCACUUGGGACAACUGAAAACGUCGUGGGAGAAUAGAAUACAGGCACCGUCCCAGUUGAAAGAGCUGCAAAAUUCUCAAACCUCUUCAAAAGAGUUUCCAGAUUUUCGAGGAAUAUCAGAUGAUUUAGAGAAUGUGCUCUUAGAUGCCACAGGAUUGCCAAUCCAAGGUUCGUCUUUACUAGAAUCUCUGAGCAUGAAUCUUUCUACUUUAUGUUUGAGGUUUUCCACAUUAAGAGGGGAGCAGGUUUCCACUAAAAGAGGAGACAGGACUCUCUGUAAAUCUUUGGUUAUCUUGAAUUUCAAAUUUAAUGAGGAAUUGCAUUGGGAUAGUGGGAAGGCCGCAAUGAGUGGGCUUGAAAAGCUAGAGAUUAAUGGUGAAAAAUUUGUAUCCAAGAUCUUAAUUAGUGGGAUUCACUAUCCAAGCCUUGAGUCUAUCAAACUUCAUUACAUGGAAAAUCUUAUGGAGGUGGAUUUAACAAGGGUAAAGACAUUAAAUUUUCUUGAUAUAAGAAAUUGUCCAAAUCUCAAAAGAUUGGCAGCAACAUCUGAUCUUCCAAAUCUUAGGAACUCGACAAGUGUGUCAGGAGUUCCAGAUCUUAGGAAUGUUGUAGGAUCGAAGGUCAACAAUUGUACGGAUUUGAUAGCAGUUGACCAUUUUAAUAGUGUAUCAGGAGUAUCCGGUUUUAGGAGGCUGGGACAAUUUAAAAUCAGCGAAUGCCAAGAGCUUGAAGAGCUAUGGCUUGGGCAUCUGUGUUGCCUGGAAAAAAUCACAAUUGAAAACUGUAAUCAUUUGAAGUACUUGUGCUUCAGUGGUAUGAAGUGUCUGGAGAUCAUAACAUUUCAGACAAAUGUGAUGGUGAAAUAUUUUCAGUUGGAUGACUGCCAAAAUUUAAAAAUAAUAGAGUUUUCUUGUGAAGAACUUGUAGAAUUAAGCAUUUGCGGCUGUCCAGAGCUCGAGAAAUUGCCAGCUUUUAAAGGUCUAAAUUGCCUUGAGAGGAUUAUAAUUGAUGGAUGUGGUAAGUUAAAAUAUCUUCAGUUAUAUCAUUGUCGAAAUUUGAAAAGUGUGUCGGGUAACUCUAUUAGAUGUUUGCAUGUUACUAGUUGUUCUGAGCUUGAGGAGUUGUCAUGUCUUUCCAGAGUGGAGAAAAUUGAGAUUUGUCAAUGUGAGAAAAUACAGAAUAUUAGGCUGCCAAAGGCACUCAUCUGUCUUUCUGUAGAAGGUUGCAGAGAUUUGCAAAGAAUAGCAGGAACCGGUGAUCUUAUGAAGCUUAGAAAGUUGACUAUUAGAAAGUGUCCUAAGCUUGAGGAGUUGUCAUGUCUUUCCAGAGUGGAUGACAUGGAGAAAAUUGAGAUUUGUAAGUGUGAGAAGAUACAGAACAUUAGGCUGCCAACGGCACUCAUCUAUCUGUCUGUAAUAGGUUGUAGAGAUUUGCAAAGAGUAGCAGGGACCGGUGACCUUACGAAGCUUAGAGAGUUGACUAUUAGUAAUUGUCCUGAGCUCGAGGAGUUGCCAAGUCUUUCCUUAGUGAACGACAUUCAGAAAAUUGAGAUUUAUCGUUGUGAGAAGUUAAGAAACAUAGGCUCCCAACAACACUCAUGUGCCUGUCUGUAGAGUUGCAGAGAUUUGCAAAUAGUAGCAGGAACCGGUGAUCUUAUGAAGCUUAGAGAGUUGACUAUUAGUAAUUGUCCUGAGCUUGAGGAGUUGCCAUGUCUUUCCAGAGUGAACAACAUGGGGAUAAUUGAGAUUUAUCAGUGUGAGAAAAUACAGAGCAUUAGGCUGCCAACAGAACUCACCAUUUUGUCUGUAAAAAGUUGCAGAGAUUUGCAAACAAUAGCAGGAACCAGUGAUCUUAAGAAGCUUAAAGAGUUGACUAUUGGUAAUUGUCCUGAGCUUGAGGAGUUGCCAUGUCUUUCCAGAGUGAACGACAUGGGGAAAAUUGAGAUUUAUCAGUGUGAGAAGAUACAGAACAUUAGGCUGCCAAUAACACUCAUCACUCUGUCUGUAGAAAGUUGUAGAGAUUUGCAAAGAGUAGCAGGAACCGGUGAUCUUGUGGAGCUUAGAGAGUUGACUAUUAGAGAGUGUCCUGAGCUUGAGGAGUUGCCAUGUCUUUCCAGAGUGAAUGCCAUGGAGACAAUUGAGAUUUAUCACUGUGAGAAGAUACAAAACAUUAGUCUGCCAACAGUGCUCAUCUAUCUGUCUGUAGAAAGUUGCAGAGAUUUGCAAAGAGUAGCAGGAACCGGUGAUCUUAUGAAGCUUAGAAAAUUGACUAUUAGAAAGUGUCCCGAGCUUGAGGAGUUGCCAUGUCUUUCCAGAGUGAAUGACAUGGAGAAAAUUGAGAUUUGUCAGUGUGAGAAGAUACAGAACAUCAGCCUGCCAACGACACUCAUGUAUCUGUCUAUAAACAGUUGCAGAGAUUUGCAGAGAGUAGCAGGAACCGGUGAUCUUAUGAAGAUUAGAGAGUUGACUAUUAGAGAGUGUCCUGAGCUUGAGGAGUUGCCAUGUCUUUCCAGAGUGAACACCAUGGACAAAAUUGAGAUUUAUCAGUGUGAGAAGAUACAGAACAUUAGGCUGCCAACCAUACUCAUCAGUCUGUCUGUAAAAAGUUGCAGAGAUUUGCAAACAGUAGCAGGAACCGGUGAUCUUCUUGAGCUUAGAGAGUGUCCUGAGCUUAUGCAGUUGCCGAGUCUUUCCAGAAUGAUCUGGUUGGAGCAAAUUGUGAUUGACUCUUGUGAGAAGCUGCAGAACAUAGCAGGCAUUGAAGAGCUACUUGCAUUAAAAUAUUUGAACCUUAGUUAUUGCAGCAAUGCAGUAAUACGGAAUUGCGUUCAUAAGUUGAAGAGUGAGCCAUCAAAGGGAAUGGUUAUGAUUGGAAGAGCAGUGGAUGGAGUGGAGUCAAGAUUAAACAAAAAUCUAUUUCGUGACUCUAAUAUUGGCGUUGAGGGAGUCGGUGAAAUUGGUUCGCACAAAAUUCGGUCACAAGUGAAUGCAGUAGUUAUAUGCUUUGUGGUUGCUGUUGACAGCGAUACUUCGGUAUGGGAUAUAAAUGAAUCACUUCCGCACUCUUUCUGUGGCUAUGAGCAUCCGCUUGAGGUGCGUGAGGGAGAAUGGAUAAUUACAAUGGUAGAAUAUAAUUAUAAUUUUUGGAGUUCCUGUUUCGAAGUUGAUGACAUUCUAGAUGCUUUGAGGAGUCAUGGGAUACUGAAGAAGGGGAUUUGGGUAGAGCUGAAGAAAGAUGAAGUGCGGAAAAGUGUGCAAGUGCUCUCUACAAUUGUUGAUAGGUUAUAUCAUUAUUGAAUUGAGUUUUCAUUGCAGUCUUUAUUUAUUAAGAAAAGUGUGCAAAUGCUCUCUACAAUUGUUAAUAGAUUAUAUCAUUUUUGAA